CGGCGCGCUCAGCUGACCGCGCAGCGUGCUCCGGCCAGGCCACGCCGCGACGGGGAAGACAGCCUGCAACAGGUGCCACCGACGGCGACGCGACGUUCAGUCGGGGCGCAGCGGCGCGUCGGACGGCACCAGGGGGCGGAGCUCGCGCGCUCGGCCUCUGCACUCCUCAGCGGCACAGCAGCGCGCGGCGGAGGCGGUGGUGACGACCUCGACCUACUUCGCGCCAGUGCGGCGGUUUGGUCGGGUCACCAUGCAUUCUCGGUGCAGUGACUGACCGGCGGCCUGCGAUUGGUGACCGCGUGAAAAGUCCGGCGGCGGACGUGGAGUCGGGCUGCGGCGCCGGCAGCGACAGUCAGCGGACCGAGACAGUGUGGGGAACCGGGCGGAGGGCCGACCUCGCCACCGCGCGCGAUGGCUGCCAGCAAGGUCGCGCGAAAGCGGCAGGGCAGCCUGCCCAAGGAGCCGCCACCUAUCAUUAACGGCGACGACUGCAAGAAGGAGUAUUCACUGGAGAGCUUCGAGAUCAUCAAAACCAUCGGCACCGGCACGUUCGGUCGCGUCUGUCUCUGCCGCGAGAAGGCCACCCGAUCCUACUGGGCCAUGAAGAUCCUGGCCAUCCAGGACGUCAUCAGGUUGAAGCAGGUGGAGCACAUCCGAAACGAGAAGCUCAUCUUGUCCGUUGUGCGACACCCGUUCAUCAUCGAGAUGUCGUGGACGCAUCAUGACAAGUCGUUCCUGUACAUGCUGUUCGAGUACGUGGUGGGGGGAGAGCUGUUCUCGUACCUGCGCCACGCCGGGCGGUUCUCCAGCAGCUCAGGUCUGUUCUACGCCACGGAGAUCGUGUCGGCCCUCGAGUACCUGCACGCGCAGUCGAUUGUGUACCGCGACCUGAAGCCGGAGAAUCUCCUGUUGGACCGAGACGGCCACCUCAAGAUCACCGACUUCGGCUUCUCCAAGAAGCUCAAUGACAGGACGUGGACGCUCUGCGGCACACCCGAGUACCUGGCGCCGGAGAUCAUCCAGUCCAAGGGGCACAACAAGGCGGUCGACUGGUGGGCGCUAGGCAUCCUGGUGUACGAGAUGCUGGCCGGCUAUCCGCCUUUCUUCGACGAUAACCCGUUCGGCAUCUACGAGAAGAUUCUGGCGGGCAAGAUAGAGUGGCCGCGACACAUUGACCCGGUGGCCAAGGACCUGAUCAAGAAGCUGCUCGUGCAAGACAGGACGAAACGUCUCGGCAACAUGAAGAGCGGCGCAGAAGACGUCAAACGACACAGGUGGUUCAAAAAUACCAAUUGGGAGGAGGUUUACUACAGAAAACUCAAGCCGCCCAUCGUACCCAAAGUAUCGUACGACGGCGACACGCGGAACUUUGACGACUACCCGGAGACGAACUGGCAGAAGGCGCCGGCCGCCAGCGAGAAGGACAUGCGACACUUUCUCGACUUCUAGCAAGGUGCAGCGGGUGUGCAAUGGACCUGGCCAUACGGCCACGACUGUGUGGCGUGCGCCGGCGUGUCGAGCCGUGCCGUGCCGUGCCGUGCCGGGCCGGGCCGUGUCGUGCUGGGCCGGGCCGGGCCGGGCCGAGCCGUGUCGUGUCGGCCGGACGCUGGGAGGCGGCACGUCAACACCGCAUGAGUGGCCCGCCACCCAGUUCGUCGGCGUUUGGUCGAUGGCCGGCAGGGUCACGACCCCGGCGUGCCGUGGGCCGACACCGGCCGCCCCACCGCCGGCAGCGGUCGUGACCUGCCGUGACCUGCCGUGACCCCGCCCCGGCGGCCCGAGUCGAGGACACUGUUGCCUGGCUCAGCUGGAGCGCCGCUCCCCCGUGGUGCUCUGGCGACCGUGGCGCGCGUGUGGGAGGCGGUGGCGCCUCCGGCGCUGGCACGGUCCGUCCGCGGGACGAGCGGUCAGAGUUCGCGCGCCAUGUGGUUCGCAGCCGGCUGGGAUUGGUCGGCCGAGGUGCUUCCGCGAGUGAUGCCUAUUUAUAUCCCCUCGGGCGACGCGUUCCGUGUGGUCAGUUGACGUUUGUAGCGGAGUAUGUUUAGACAACGGCUAGGACUUACGUGUUUCCUGCGACAAUACCGCGCUGUCCCGUGAUGCCAACAGACUGAAGAAUAAGCUGUGUAAAUGGAAUUUGUGUCCAUGUGUCAGUCUGUACAUAUUACGAAGUGCGCACGCAAUACCGAGUAUCCGUUACGGGGAGGGGGAUUGUGAGGAAAUCUGUGUUACGCCACGUUGGCUAUUCGCUUCGGAGUUCCGUUGGCCAGCUCCCACUUGGUUCACACGGCUGGCUGGCGCCGUCCGCUCUGGGCCCCGCGCCCAGCGCUGAGAGCGCAGACCGGGCCGGGUUGGCGUGCGUCCCGCACCGUCUACAGCGCUUCGCACCCCACCGCUUAUCGGCACGCGCCGAGGCUUACCGCGCGCUCCGUCCGGCCCGCGGGGAGGGGAGGGGGAGAUGGGCUGCGCAGUGCGGCCGGAGCCGGUGGCCAGCUGGCGACCGCCGGGGACAGCUGGGGUUGGCCGCCGGCGCCUUCAAUUAGUGUCGUCUGGUUCACCGGUGUCGGGCGCCCCAACGCCAGGCUGGCCAGCUCCGAUGCGGUCCCCCGGCGCUCACCAAACAGGGCCGGCCUCCUCCUCUCUGCCCGCGCUGGGACAGAACGCGCUGGAGUGGGCAUCGGCGGCGUGACCAUACGUUGAUGCUAUUCUCUAGCCCAUGCCGUUAGAAGGCGCAUAUUGAGAUGACCUGGACUAGUCUCGUGUCCGUUAUAUUUCGUUACUCGUGUGAGCGCUCAGCCCUUGAACCGUACCAGGAUCCGCAGAUGACGGUCUCGCAGAUCGCCAUCGCAGACGCAGACGGCGAUCUCGACUUAGGGCACCAGCUCAAAUAGCUUGCACCAGAAGGCGAAGGGCGUUACAAGAAUGCCACCUGCACGCUCGGACGCAUCAGAUGCUUCGUAAGCCAGCGGUUGCAGAGGUCGGAUCGGCCACGUGGCGGCGGGGCGGUACGGACCGCACGGCCGUCGACGCCAUGCCGCGGCACCUCGGCGUGUCCGGCGGGGCUCUCAGAUCCCCUCUCGCCGACUGUAGCUUCGCCUUCACUGCGCCGCCGCGGCCGAGGCCGCCGGCCGGGAGGCGCCGUGAGCAGGCGCAGCAGACGGCGGGGCGGUCCGCUGGUGACGGCUGCUCAGCCUGGCGCCCAGCCACAGCGUCCUGCGAUGUGCCAAAAUGUGCGCAGCGUACGCUCGCCGCCGGACGGCGCGCAGAGGUCAGGGGGAAGGGGAAAUGUCAACCGGGGGCCAGGGUGCUAGCUGACAGGCCGACGUCGCCGCCAGCCCGGCGUUUGUUCUUUUUACGGUCGGACUCGCUGAGGGCCUCAAUGGAAAGUUCGGGGUGACCCGUGAACAGAUCCGACAGACAGGAAACCCAGCGUGACAAGUCAUCAGCAGAGCAUAUACACAGGCCCCAGGCCCAGAAGCGCGCGGUACCCACUCGGCACGAGCCGGGCGCCGCUUGGCGGCCCCCGGUAUGAUAACCGGGACGAUCCGCGUUCUGGGUGCGGGAAUGGUGGCCCCCGAACAGGCUCCUCGCGGGCACGUGCCCGCGAGGAGCGGCGAACCGUCAGUCCGAUGUAUGUCCGGUUCUCCUCAGUGCGGGCGUGUGGGGUCGCCAGCGCGGCAUCACCGUUGAUACAGGGCCUCCCCACCCCGCCCCAGCCGCCACGCUGCGCAGCUUGGAGCCCGCAGGCACCUGAGACGCAGGUACCUGAGACGCCGGCGCUGUGCGGCCUUCACGUGCCAGUGUCGACAGAUUGUAAAUAAGCCUGGUACGCGGAUCGGCGGCGUGCGCCCACCUACCGGAAGGUUCCGUGCCAGUCGCGUUGUCAGGAGCUCAGCUGUGAGUCUGUGGAUGUGUUCAAUUUUUGAAUAAAACAUAUUUAUCGAG